GCGAGCCUGAGAAACAAGAUGAGCAUUAACGGAAAAUUCUCAGAAGAAAAUUAAUAUAUUUUAAUUGCAAUCAACCGUCGCAUCCCCGCAACAUUUGUUUUAAAACACAAAGAGGUUUUUUGCUAAUUUCAACUUUAUGAGGUACAAAACUGUAAUAUUAAUAUAAGGCUACAAAAUUUAGUUUCAAUAUCUAAGCUCCACAGACAUGGCCUCGGUUGGGACAAAUCAUCAAACGCUGGCUGUGACGAAACAAACUCGGUUUCACGUCUAAUCAAUCUGACGUCACAAGAGACGGAAAACCCUAUAAAUUCGAUGUUAGCUAUAUAUUUAUCAGAAUGUUUGAUGUUUCAAUAUCGAAACACUGUUUACGAAUCUCGAAAACAAUGGAAGAUACGAAUAUAUCGCGAAACAAGAGAAGAAGAAUGCGAGAGAAGGAUCGCAUGAUUAUGCUGAACGAGGAGCUGGUUAAUUUGAGACAACGAAUGGCUGCAUUGAAAGAAGGAAGCAAUCGUUCGUCAACAGAGAUGGCAGAAUUGCGAUGCACAAACAAGCAACUUCUCGACAGUCUUCAUACCGAACGAGAAAGUCGCCAAGCACUAAGACAAGUAUCCGCGGUGAGAUUCUAUAACUGAAAGAUUUAAUAGUUUGACAACAGAAGGUGCAAACCAAAGAAUUUCUAGUAGUGGAAAGAAACGUAUUGUGAUGGAGUUAAUAAAAACUGAAGGAAGAAAAAAGUUUUAAGAUUGAUGACAGAAAAAAUUAUUCUUUGAUGUUUUUCACCAUUUAGGUAAACCUGUAAUAGAAGGUUUUGAUAUGUAAUAGUAACAACAUUCAUAAAAUAAUAUUUCAGGAACUGGAUGCUCCUCUGGAGGAAGUAAAUGCUACAUCAGAGAGUUCUGCCUCAAUCAAAGAUCAGGAGUCACAAACCGAUGUUGGAACUCAAUCCAAUCACCAGAUUUUGAACGACAAUACAAAUCACAAAGAAGAUUUGAAGGAAGAAAACAGCAGCCUCAAGGAAGUAAUCAAGGAGUUACAGAAGCAACUCGCUGACGAGAGAAAGAACAAUGAAGAUAACAAAGUCCAAAUCGAGUCUUUGAGAGUCAAAGCUAAAACAUUUGAAGACCAUUCUACCCUUUUGGCUUAUGAGCUACACGAAAUGACGGUGGAUAGAAACUCCUUGCUGAAUGCGCUGGAAGGCAAGCAGGAAAAGAUCAAGACCAUCCAAGCAAAGUGGAAGGCAAAAGUUAAAAAGAUGGCUGAUCAACAUGAAGUAAAACUCUACGAUGAGCAGGUCAAGAGUUAUAGACUGCGUGUGCAAAACAAAAAUCUUAAAGCUGAACUCGAUCAAAUAAAGAACGAUAUGGCAGAAGAAAAGCUACAAUUGACAGUGACAAAUUUUCUCAAUGGCAUUGUCAAUGACGUAGAAAGCACAAUAAAUCACAAUAAAGUCAAGCCACUCAGAGAACACAUUCAGCAGCUGCAGUUUAAACUUGUUCAGGCAGAAAGCGAACAGGAGCUUCGAAGCCAGCAAGAAGAAAAGACAAAAGAGGAAUACCACAAGGUAUUUAACCAAUUCCAAAUGCUUCAGCGGCAGAACGAGCGGCUCGAAAACGACAAUACAAGGCUUAACAACAAAGUUCUUGUGAUGCGCCAGGAAAAUACCGAGGCCCAUCAGAAGUUCUUGGAGGAACAAACUGACCGAAUCACUGCGAAGAUGUCGUUCGUGGCACAAAUAAAGCAGCUUGAAGAGAACUGUACCAGUUUAAAAGAGGCGAAUACAGUUCUAUCUGAAGACGGCCAACGUUUAAAAAGCGCUUUCGCAAGAAAGAAGAAAGAAAAUGAUGGACUAAUAGGAGAUAUCCAGGACCUUAGGGAGAGAGUCGAAGAGAAAGAAAACAUCAUUGAAGAACUCCAAGCAAAGAAACGCAGAGGUUGCUUACGAAGGUUGGUUUGCUGGAAAUAACCAGGACAGUAAAAUAUAAUAUCAUCGAAUUGACAAUUUUUAUUAAUAAACAACAAUUUAUAAAACGCUGAGAUUUUCAGGUUUAAUUUGUUGUAAAUAUGUUUUUUAGUCUGAAUUACAGUACUUUUUAAAUAAAAAUCUCUUUUCUUGGACAUUUUCUGGGAAAUUGAUUGUUAACUCUGUGAAAACACAAUACGCUUUGGUGCUUGAGCGAUCGAUUGCUUG